UUGGACGCAUCAUUAUGUUGAUUUCCGAGGCAUUUAAGGAUCAGGAGAUCUUUGUGACUGGCGGCACCGGUUUCGUUGGUAAGGCGCUUAUUGAGAAGCUAUUGCGCUCAUGUCCAACACUGGGAAAGAUCUAUGUAUUGGUGCGUCCCAAGAAGGGUGUACCGGUCGAAGCCCGCCUGGAAGAGUUACUCAACUCAAAGCUCUACAAUCGCCUGCGAUCCGAGCAGCCCCAAACGCUUUCAAAGGUGGUGGCCAUUGCUGGCGAUGUCAUGGAACUUGGUCUAGGCAUUAGUGAGAAGGAUCUACAGCGUCUACGUAAUGUCACUGUUGUUUAUCACUCGGCAGCCUCCGUACGCUUUGAUGAUCCACUGCGUGAGGCGAUUUUAAUGAAUACACGUGGUACUCACGAGCUCAUUAAAUUGGCCUUACACUGGAAGAAACUAAAGGCCUUUGUCCAUGUGUCCACCACGUACUCGAACCCAACGGAGCUCGAGGUUGAGGAGCGCAUUUACCCACCCUAUGCGGAUUGGCGCACCACCAUCAAAUUGGCCGAGAACUACGAUGCGGAAACCCUUGACAUAUACAAUCUCAAGUAUGGCAAUUUCCAGCCCAAUACGUACACCUUUACCAAGAGUCUGGCCGAGCACGUGGCAAACGAUUACAAGGAUCAGCUGCCAAUUUACAUAUUCAGACCCUCAAUCGUGAUCUCGUCGCUGGAGGAUCCUGUACCAGGCUGGGCAGACAAUUUCAAUGGUCCGACUGGCAUGUUGGUCGCCUGUGGUGUCGGUAUCUUGCGUUCCCAGAACUGUGAUCCCUACAUCAUUGCCGACUUUGUGCCUGUUGAUGUGGUUGUACGUGGUCUCAUCAUCUCCGCGUACAAGUAUCUGAUCAAGGCCCCCGUUAAAGGCAAAGACAUCGAUGUGAUCAAUUGUGCCACGGCAAACAUUUCACCCGUCACGAUGGGGCAGGUUAUUGAAAUUGGCAAAAGAUGUAUUAGGGAGAAUCCAUUUGAGAAGACCCUCUGGUUGCCAGGCGGUAGCAUAACACUUUGUCCGGUUCUACACUUUGUCAGGUUUAUAACGAUGCACAUUAUGAUGGCCAUUGUGGUGGAUUCCUUGCUGCGCUUGGGCAAUGAAAAACCCUUCCUGUUGAAGUUGCAACGUCGCAUUUUUGCGGCAUUCCAAGCGUUGCAAGUCUUUGCCGUCACCGAGUGGCACUUCCAGAAUGAUCGAUUCCGAGCGCUGCACGAUAUAGUACCACCGAAAGAAAUUCCCUGUUUUGGAUUCAUGCACAAUUCGAACAUCAAUUACGUGGAGUUCUUUCAGAAUGGCAUACGUGGCGCCAAGGAGUAUCUGAUGCAUGAGAGUCCUAAGAGCAGCAGCGGUGCCCUUCUUCGCAUAAAGAUCUUUUAUGUCCUGGAUUACUUGUGUCGGGCCGUCGUCUAUGGAUUUUUAUUGCGUCUCAUUUAUAGAUUUGUUAUGCGCACUUUCAUUUCUUAAGCUGUAAAAUCUAUAACCUUAGCUAUUUCAAUUAUUUUUUUUACUUUUUUUUGUUAUGUUAAUUUAAAAUUUGGCUAUGGUAUAAUAAAGAUUUGUUUUGAAACCAA